UCUGCAAGGCACCUCAGGGUCGUUCCCAAGCACACGGCCUGCCUCAUCUUCGAGGGACAUGCAGAACGAACGAUUUCUUCAACAGGUUUUUGGCGAUCGAUAUGAUUCAAAAUCAGGGUCAGAUGUGUUCGCAAGCAAUUCCAAACUCACAAGCUCUACCGACAUGUUUCCACCUCCUACAGAUAUACCACAGUCGAAAGAGCCUUUCAGCUAUUUGCCCUCUCACAUGAACUCUCUCGAUCUGGCGCCAGGUGGAGCUCCUCGAACAUUCGAAAGACCCCAGUCCUCCCAAGAGCUAUCUUGUUCGUUGAUAUCCCUAAAUUUGGCACCAGAUCAAGUUUUACUGUCCUCUCAAGGACCUCGGUCUUUCCAGGAACUACUUUCUUCAUAGUCUCCUGUUUUGGCGCCGAAUGAAGCUCAAAUGCAAUUUCAAGAACCGCGACCGAUUGGGGCCUUUUAGCCCUGUGUUCAACCGGGGCAACUUCCCUUAUAUGACAGCAUCUCUGGAUCAACCUAGCGCUCACAAAGAGCAGAUUGGAGAGAGGGCAUCUUUACCACACACCAUCGUGUGCCCAUUAAGUUUCACUUCGGUCAUACCGAUGCCUGUAAAUCCGACGUGUGAUUUUUGCGGGCAGUCAAUCGCUGAUGCCAAGUGGAUCCACUGUCUAGUCUGUUUGGAUAUUUGUCUACACAUGCACUGCCAUCAGCCAGCAACUGAGAUGAAAGGGCAUGUCUUUACUGCCCGCAGCCCAAUCCUUACCUCGCAGACCACAGGUCCGUUACCAGAACCAGGGUUCAACCCUUCAUGCAUGACAGGUCAUCUUAUCUCAUCCAAGCGCCAAAUGUAUUGCUUUCUUGUGAAGGAUAUCCCUCGAGCCAAGUACCGUGUCAUGCUUAUGAUAACCAUACGAUUUCUUUUACCUGGCAGAGUUUCGUCAUACGACGCUACAAUACGUGCUUGCAUGGGUGACCCAAAAAACAUUCAAGACUUCGGGGGCUCAUCGCUCCGUUCAUAUGGCCCGGAUAUUCCUGUUGAGAAUCUAUUUCGAGUCGCUUUCCCCUUAAAGAAAAAGCAUCAGGUGCGCCUAGAUGGCAAGCAAAAUCUCGACCACUAUUCAUUUGACAGGGGCUCAGAAGGAAACGAAUUUCUCGUCUCCAAUUCAUACGGUGAUAUGGCGGUGGCUAUCGAGCUCAGCGGGUUUUCAGAGGCACAUAUGCAAGAUGGGCCAAGCCAGCCUGCAUUCGAUCUAACCAUCGACGGACUCAACCUUCUCCCAGUGGCAGAGGAUCGGGAGGCGCAGAGGACGUCAAUAACCAAAAACCUUUCUGGAAUGGUCAGAAAGAUCCUCGGCUAAUCAAUGCUCUGGGGCUUAGAGUAAACGGGAUCCACCGUGUCCCAAUGUCCUAGAAGUUCGACGAAAUAAGUACAGUCUCUCCAUACAGAUUAACAAGAGUCUAGCCUCACGGUCGGGGCUCUGGAGUCUGCAUUCUACAAAAUAAUCAGCAGAGGAAACAACUUACGGCGUAAGAGGACGCCCGCGAGGGGCGAGCGAGAA